AUGCAGCAAUCACCCAGCGAAAAGCCGCCAGAAGGCACCACGGACGAACAGGCCACCACCAAGGCAGCGCCAAAGCCUCGAAAAGUACAUCACAUGUCUGUCUGCAUGGUCCCUCCGCCAAGCAACAAGCACGUGUGGAAGGCGGUCAGUCAAAUGAGACGACAGCUCAAUGAUCCAGGCUACUAUCGAUGGCCUCAUCAUGCCAAUUUGCUCUAUCCCUUUUUGGACGUGGGCGGCAAGGAUGAUGAUGCUCAGAAAUUCAAGGACUUGGUGGAACAAUUGCACACGGCAACCAAGCAGGUGGAACCUUUCAACGUCAUCUUGAAAGAAUUGGGGACCUUUGGCGGGAAACAGCGAGGUGUGCUGUGGUUGAAUCCAGAGUCUUCACCAUUGACCACCACACAGAGUGAAGAAGGCACAGAAGCACCGCUCUUGACACUUCACAAGCAUCUAGAAGACGCAUUUCCCAUUUGCAAGGAUCAGCCCCGGCCCGUAUUCACACCACACAUGACAAUUUCCCAUUACGCCAAUUUAGAUGAUGCCCUGGUGGCCAAGAAGCAGAUUGAGCAGAACUAUCCUCAGCUUGCCGAUGGGUCUUUGACAUUUACUGUGGAUCGCAUCUACCUGAUACGACGAGAAGGAGAUGGAGGACAGUUUCUGCGAUUGGCCGACAUUGGUUUGGGUGCAGCCAAGAACAGCAAGGUCGAACUCUUUGAGGCGGGUGAACGGUUCCCCGAUAUGCCGCUGACAGAAGAAGAAUGGGUCCGUGAAGAAAAGACAAAACUCAAGGAACGACGCAAUGGCGGCCGCAGCCGAGGAGGACGGAGGAAACAACAACGCCGAAGAAAGAGUCCGAGAGCGCCGGAUAGCCCUGAAGUAAUCGCUGCCAAACGGGCCGAGCGAAAAGCCAAGCGAGAGAAGCUGGAGCUGGAGCAACGGCAUCAGCAGAUGUAUAGGACCCUAGGCGCUUUGGUGCCGGUGUUUCUGGGGCUUCUCGUGACUGCGUUUACGCUGACGAAACAAGUGGGGAGCGACGGCUAUGCUUAG